UGCAAUAUUUUUUCCUUAGUGGGGGCGGAUAAGGCUGCUUAGCUGCUUCAGUCAUCUUCCUUCCACUGCUGCGUGCCAAACCUCCUCCCAUUUCAUCCUUCUCUCGCUUUCCAUGGUGGAAAUUUCGAGUGCUUCCUUCACUUCAUUCCUACCCAAAUUACCUCAGCUCCCCUUCCUCCCAAAAUUCCAUGGCUUCGCGGCCUCCGGCCCCGCCGCCCACCGCCGUAUUCGCUGCUCGAUCUCCGCCGAGCCGAUCCCCUCGGAAACCAGCAGUACAACCAUCCCGUGGGGCUGCGAGAUCGAGUCUCUCGAAAGCUCUUUUGCGCUGCGGCAGUGGCUUUCGGAGUCGGGCCUUCCUCCCCAGAGAUGGACAUCCGGCGAGUUGACGUCGGAGGGCGUGGCCUCGUUGCCCUCAAGAGCAUUAGAAAGGGGGAGAAGCUCCUCUUUGUGCCUCCUUCCCUCGUAAUUACCGCAGAUACGGAGUGGACCAAUACGGAAGCAGGUCAUGUGAUGCGGAAAAAUUCCGUUCCAGAUUGGCCAUUACUUGCCACCUUCUUGAUCAGUGAAGCAAGUCUUGGGGAUUCUUCAAAAUGGAGUAUUUACAUUUCAGCCUUACCUAGGCAACCUUACUCACUGCUGUACUGGACACGCGCCGAACUUGAUAUGUAUUUGGUAGCUUCACAUAUCAGGGUGAGAGCAAUAGAACGGGUUUCUGAUGUAACGGGAGUAUAUAAUGAUUUAAGGGCCAGGAUAUUUUCGAAGCACCCAACUGUUUUUCCUGAAGAGUUAUUUAAUCUGGAGACAUUCAAAUGGUCCUUUGGCAUUCUGUUCUCACGUUUAGUUCGUUUAUCGGCUAUGGACGGAAAGGUUUCCUUAGUUCCUUGGGCCGAUAUGCUUAACCAUAGUUCUGAGGUGGAAACGUUCUUAGACUAUGACAAAUCAUCAAGAGGAAUAGUAUUUUCCACUGAUAGAGCUUAUCAAUCAGGUGAACAGGUAUUUAUUUCUUAUGGCAAAAAGUCCAAUGGAGAAUUGUUGCUUUCAUAUGGUUUUGUUCCAAAAGAGGGCACAAACCCAAAUGAUUCAGUUGAAUUGUCCUUAUCUCUCAAGAAGAAUGAUAAAUGUUACAAUGAGAAAAUCGACGUCUUCCGUAAACAUGAUCUCUCCAUGCCUCAGCAGUUUCCUUUGCAGAUCACUGGCUGGUCCCUGGAAAUGAUGGCGUAUGCUUACCUUGUUGUUUGCCCCUCAGAUAUGCGGCAUCGUUUUGAUGAGAUGGCUGCUUGUGCAGCGGGCAAAAUUAAGUCAAGAAAUGGAAUAAAUUAUCCUGAACUUGAAGAGCAAGCUCUACAAUUUAUAUUGGACUGUUGUGAAUCCAGCAUAUCGAAGUAUUCUAAAUUCUUAGAGGGAGGCAGUCCUCUUGAUCCUAUAACAACAAACAUCCAAGAGGCGAAUCGGAGAUUGCUAUUGAAACAACUCGCUGUAGCUCUGUGCACGAGCGAACGCAGAAUACUGUUUCGCGCACAGUAUAUACUCAGGAGAAGGUUGCGGGACAUUAGAAGUGGAGAAUUAAGAGCUCUCACGCUUUACAAUGGAUUCAGGAAACUCUUCAAAUAAAGAUAUUAUGGUUAGCAGCAUAAUAUAUUCAGUGGCUUUUGCUAUAAUUGAAGGCUUUUUUAGCUGUGGAGAGUCUUUGGAAAUGAUGGUUGGAAUGAGAUAAUACUGCGUAUAAUCUUCGCAUGGAGAUUGUAAGUGCGAAAUUCUUACUCUUGAAUAGUGCUUACGUUAUGCUUUUUUUCUUGCAACUUUGUUCAAACAUCUGCAAAAAGUAUUUUUUAUUGAUUUAUUUUUAUAUUCUUAGUAUGGUUGUAAAAGAACAAUGCAUUUGAUGAAGAACCUGAAU